GCGCCGGCAGGUGAGCGGCGGCAGCGGCGGCGGGGCCGGACGGGCCGGGCGGGCCAUGGCCUCCAAGGAGCGGCUCUACGAGCUCUGGAUGCUGUACUUCGCCAAGAAAGACUUGACCUACCUGCAGCAGUGGCUGGAGGCAUUUGUCAUGAACUUUGAGAAGAUCAUCACUGUGCAAUCUCUGGAGCCAAGAAGGCCAGAAGACUCCGUCUCCGAGAUCCCACUGCUCCCGCGUGACGUCCUGCACGUGCUGAGCCAACAGCUGACGCAUUGUGUGGCCCAGAUCUCCUGCAAAGAGGCAGCUGAGGCAGGCCUCAGCCAAGCACUCCUGCUCAUCAAGUUUUUUAUCAUCAUCUGCAGGAAUUUAGAAAACGUCCAGACAGACAAGACUCCAGGUUUCGUCCACGAGGUGCUUCGCUUGCUGGUUGCCUGUACAGACAAGCUGAAGAGCACCCAGGAGCAGUGCGCGUCCAGGUCUCAGCUUGAGCAUGUCACCACCUAUGCACUGCAUCUCUACGAAUGCCUCUUUGACCCAUACCAGACAUGGAGGAGACAACUGAGUGGAGAAAUUGUCAGCAUGCAAGAGAAGAGCAAGUACAAGUUCCCACCUCCUGCUUUGCCUCUGGGGUUUGGUGCCUUCUUCCAAGGGAGCUUCCAGGACAACUGGCAGCUUCCCGAGGCGCUCCAGCUGCGCCUCAUCCACCUCUUCGGCGCUGUUCUCUCUGGAGCCAAGCAGAACGCCCUCCUAGUGAUCACGCCAGCCGCGGUGGAGACACUCAUGCUGGUGCUCCUCAGGUGGUGCUCCCCGGGGGACAGUGCCCCCCAGGACCCCCGGCUGCUGCAGCUCACCCUUAAGAGCCUAGUGGGGAUGAUUCACGUCCUGCAUGCCAGCAGCCCGGGCCAGCGCAAGGUGGAGAUCAGGGCCAUCCUGGACAGCUACUUCAAGGUCCUCAACUCUGACCAGCCGAUGGCAGCGCUGGAGGGGGCAGCAGCGGCACGCUGGGAAGACAGACUGAUCACGCUCAGGGUUAACAUGCUGGAUGCCAUUCCAGAGAUGCUGAAUUGUGGAGACAGACCUGUCCUGCAAGCAAUAUUCCUCAGCAACAACUGCUUUGAACACAUCAUCCGCCUGAUCCAGAAUAGCAAGCUGUACGUGAGCAAUAAGCGUGAGGCGGAAGAGCUGGGGAGCGAUCUCGCCAUGCGAUUGCUGACCGAGAUCGAUGUCCGGAAGGUCUUCAGUAGCAGCUCGGAUGCCAUCGCGGUCCAUGCCAUUGGAGUGCUCAGCUCCAUCAUGAGCAAUUCACCCUCAGCCAAGGAGGUGUUUAAGGAAAGGAUUGGCUAUUCCCACCUGUACGAAGUCCUGAAGAGCCAGAGCCAGCCCACCAGAACGCUGCUCCAGGAGCUCCUGAACAUGGCAGUGGAAGGCGACCACAACUCCUUCCCCAUCCGCCUCAUUCGCAAUGAGCAGCCGCUGCUGAUCCUCACUGCAUGGCUGCCAGACCUGAUGUCGCGAGACCUGCAGGUGUUCCUGUCCGACUGGCUGAAGAGGAUCUGCAGCGCCUCCCCACAAAGCCGCCUGACCUGCGUCAAGGCGGGCAUGGUCAGCUGCCUCCUGGACGUCCUGGGCGCCGAGCAGGCACUGGACAGGAAGUGCUCAGAGAACCUCAUCGACCUCCUCCAGGUGCUGGGCAGCCUCUCCAUCCGCCCAGGGGAGCUGCGCCAGCUCAUCAAGCUGCUGUGGACUGAAAGCGGGAGCGGGGCCCACCCCUAUGCCACACAGGUCAUUCGGGCACUCUCAGGCAUGGCCCGCAAGGACAGGCCAGAGCGGGCCCUACAAUACUUCGACCUGACGCCCAGCAUGGCAGGCAUCAUGGUGCCGCCCAUCCAGAAGUGGCCGGGCAGCGGCUUCGCCUUCCACGCCUGGGUCUGCCUGAAUGAGGAGCCCAUGGACAACAUGGAGCAGGGAGUGAGGCUGAAGCGGAAGCAGCUGUACAGCUUUUUCACAGCCAGUGGCACAGGCUUUGAGGCCUUCUUCACCACCGAGGGCAUGCUAGUGGUGGCAGUCUGCACCAAGAAGGAGUACAUGACAGUGACCCUCCCAGAAUUCCCCUUCAACGACUCUGCAUGGCACUGCAUCGACAUUGCCCACAUCAUGGGCCGCCGGCCCUUCGGCCAGAACCUGGUGAACAUCUACACGGAUGGGCAGCUGAGGAAGGUGGCACAGCUCCGCUUCCCCUCCCUCAAUGAGUCGUUCACCUCCUGCUGCAUUGGCUCCGCUGGGCACCGGACAACGACCACCUCCACCCUCUGCUCCCUGCCUUCCCACUCGCCAGACCUCACCUUCACCACCCACCCCUCACUCUGCCGCUCCCAGUCCUUCCCUGCCUCCCUGGGGACGCAUGCCUGGACGCCUGGGGCUAUCCAACCCCUCCGGGAAGGCCUGGUGUCCACAACAGCAGCAGGGAGCCAAGACAUGGAGUGGGGGACACCAACCUCCCUGGAGGGGCACCUGGGGUUGGUGUCCAUAUUCUACGAAGCCCUGCAGCCGGCCCAGGUCAAAGUGCUGUUCUCCGCAGGGCCCAAUGUCACAUCUCCAUUCAAGCCUGAAAGUGACUUCUUGGAACUCAGCAGCAAGCUGCUGCUCUUCUACACCCCCCAGGCCUGCAAUAAUAACAUCUGCCUGGAUCUUUCUCCAAACCACUUUUUUGAUGGGCGGCUGACAGGGCACAAGGUGGUGAACUGGGAUGUCAAGGAUGUUGUCAACUGCAUUGGGGGCAUGGGGGUGCUUCUGCCACUGCUGGAGCAAGUGGCAGCUAAGAAGAAGGAGACUGAAGAGAACCAGGAAACACAUGACCUGGUUGGUCCAGAGUUGACGUCUUCCAAGAACGCCCAGGGCAUGCUCAUCCCCCUCGGGAAGUCCUCGGAGGGCAGGCUGGAGAGGAACAGCGUGGCUGCCUUCCUGCUGCUGGUGAAGAACUUCAUCCGCUGUCACCCUGUGAACCAGGAGAGCUUAGUGCAGUGCCACGGGCCAGCGAUCAUCGGAGCCCUGCUGCAGAAGGUCUCCAGCCUGAUGAUGGACAUGAAUGUGCUGAUGGCAUCUCGGGUCCUGAUGGAGCAGGUAACCUCUGAGAGCAAUGGCCUCUUGCUGCAUCUCCUCUACCAGUACCUGCUCUUCGAUUUCCGCAUCUGGAGAAACAGCGACUUUGCCGUCCGCUUGGGUCAUAUUCAGUAUUUAUCCAGCAUCCUCAAGGACCACAAGCAGAGAAUCCGCAAGAAGUAUGGGGUGCAGUACAUCCUCGACUCCAUUAGGAUGCACUACGGCGCUCGCAGGGAGAAGCCGAUCACAGCAGAUGACGUCAAGACAGUGCAGACAUCCCUGUUCAGCCUGGUGAAGGACUUUCUCUCCCGGAACUUCUCUGCCGAUGAGAUGCAAAGCGCCCUGAACUACCUGGCUGGAGUCCACGACGAACACCAGGUGUCUGGGGCUCUGGAGGUGAUCCAUGGCUUGCUGAAGGGGGCACCGUCUCAGGACCAGCUCUACGCCUUCCUCUUUGAAACGGGCAACGUGGAGGUCUUCUUCUCACUGCUCGUCCAGAAGAAGUUCUCAGACGAAGUGCGGGAGAGAGUCUUCAAGAUCCUGUACAAGAUGCUGAAGUACGAAAAGGUUCACGAGCGUAGCAGGCACCGCCUGAAGCUGAAGGACAUCGGCUACGAGGGGCUCAUCGCGAAUCUGAAUGAUGUGCCAGUCUCUAUGUUGCUCUUCCGCUGCCUCCUGGAGCAGGUCCUUGGAUCAGACUCUCCCAACUACAAGGACCUGGUGGCCGUGGUCUACCUGUCCCACCGGGCCGAGCUGACAGUCAGGCUGGACAUCUGCCGGAAGCUGUUCCACCUCAUCUACUCCCAGCAAGACAUGGUGAGGCAGCUGGCGAAGCUGGUAGGAUGGCAGGACACACUCACGAAGCUGUAUGUCAAGGAGUCCUACGAAUCCCGCCAGCACAGCCUGAGCAGCUCUGGUGGCGGGGGUUGCCUCGACCUCCUGAAGUUCUCCGAGCCCCCGAGCAAAGACUUGGGCCCUGAGGCCGGGAAGGAGCUGCUGGACAGCAUGGGGCCUGCCUCCACCGAUCUGCAGGACCUGGACGUCUUCCUACCGCUGGGCUUCGAGGCCUCAGACCAGGAGCUCUCCGAGGGGUUCUCCGACCACUCCAUCUCCCCAGCUGGCCGAACCAAAUCCUUCCACUCCUACAACUUCAAAUCCUUCGACUCACUGGACCGCACCAGCCACUCUUCCUCCUCCAACACCAUUGACAUUUCUGGACAGGGGGAUGGGCCCCACAUCGAUGCCCUGCCAUUUGAUGGCAUCUACCACCCACUCUCUCCCUUCUCCAUGUCACCCUUUGACCUUGGCCUUGAACUGGGCAGCACCAGCUCCGUCACCACGGUAGAGAGUGGGAACCAGACCCCGGGGAGCCAGCCAGGGACCCCAUCCCCACUAGAGAAUUUCAAGCCCUUCCCAGGGAUGCGAGCUCGUAAGAGCUCCAGCCUGUCCAAUGUGCUGGACGAGAGCAGCUAUCAGGAGACGCUGCCCAGUGAUGACAUCUCCAACACCAGUAACCCCCAGCACCAUUCAGUUCAUGUGUCCUUCAUCUUGCCCUCCCAGCAAACACCUGAGGAGGAACUGUGCAACCUGCUGACCAACAUCAUCUUCUCAGUGACCUGGCGUGGGGUGGAAGGCUGGGACGAUGCAGCCUGGAAGGAGCGCGGGCAGGUCUUCUCAGUCCUCACCAAGCUGGGGACGGCCUGCGAGCUGGUGCGCCCGCCCGAUGAAAUCAAGCGCAGCCUCCUCGAGAUGAUGCUGGAGUCGGCCUUCACGGACCUCAAGGAAUUAGCCCCAGCGGCUUUGCCCAGCCUCACCCAGAACGCGCUAAAGUUGCUGCGGCUUCUCCAGGAUUUCCUGUUCUCUGAGGGACACAACAACCAGGCCCUGUGGAGCGAGAAGAUCUACGAAGGUAUGAACAGCUUGCUGGACAAGCUGGGCGUGUGGUACCACUUGGCCAACGGGACCUCAGACCUGAAGGAGAUGGCUCAGAUCGGCCUGCGCGUCCUCAUCGGGUACAUCAUGCUGGAGGACACGCAGCUCCACUCUUUGGCCUAUGUGAAGCUGCAUAGCCUGCUCCAGACAGCCUCAGCCCCCAAGAAGGAGGAGGCCUGCUACCUGUUAGGAAAGCUGGAGAUGCCCCUGCGGCGCUCGCUGCUUUCCAAGGCGGAGACCUUCUCCUGGCUGGUGUCCAUCAUCCGGACACUGAUGGACCAGUGCUACGACACCCUGCAGCUGCAGCACUUCCUGCCCUCACUGCCCCCCACCAACGGCAGCCCCACCUUCUACGAGGACUUCCAGGUCUUCUGCACCACCCCCGAGUGGAGGGUCUUCAUAGAGAAGCACGUGCAGCCCACCAUGGCGCAGUUCGAAAUGGACACAUUUGCCAGGAGCCACGACCACAUGUCCAACUUCUGGAACUCCUGCUACGACGCCCUGAUGAGCAGCUCCCUGCGCAGGGAGCAGGAGAAGGCAGAGAGUAGGAAGAAGUUCCAGGAGCUGGUUCUGGAGCCAGUCCUGAAGCGCUCCAAGUACGAGAACAUCCGGCACGCCAACGUCCUGAAGCAGAUCGCCAACCACCACAGCACCGUGCAGAAGCAGUGGAAGUCACUGCGUCGCCUGCUUACCUCCCAGCGAUCUGCGUGGGCCACCCGGGACCUGCCCCAGAUGCACUGGAAGUUGUCAAGCGCCGAGACCUAUUCGCGAAUGCGACUGAAGCUGGUGCCCAACUACAACUUUGACUGCCACCAAGAGGCGAGCGCCCUGCGGGACAACCUAGGUGCAGAUCAUCUGCAGACCUCUGCCGAGUCUCUCCCGUUAGCGGUGGCCAAGGAGGCGAAGGUGAGCGAGCUGGAGGACGACCAGCUGGCGGAGGAAGACCUCGCCAUUCUGGACAACCACGCUGAGCCCAAGGAGCAGAGCCAGAGGGAGAAGCUGGUUAUUUCGGAGGACUGCGAGCUCAUCACCACGGUGGCCGUGAUCCAGGGCCGGCUGGAAGUCACCACGCAGCACAUCUACUUCUACGAUGGCAGCAGUGAGAAGGAGGAGACUGAGGAAGGGAUUGGCUACGACUUCAAGCGCCCCUUGUCCCACCUCCGGGAGGUGCAUCUCCGCCGCUAUAACCUCCGCCGCUCAGCACUGGAGUUCUUCUUCAUCGACCAGGGCAACUACUUUGUCAACUUCAAGAAAAAGGUCAGGAACAAGGUCUACUCCAGCAUCCUUGGCCUGCACCCACCCAACCAGAUCUACUUUGGCAGCCGGUCACCCCAGGAGCUGCUCAAGGCCUCAGGGCUGACUCAGAAAUGGGUCUACAGGGAGAUCUCCAACUUCGAGUACCUCAUGCAGCUGAACACUAUCGCAGGGCGCACCUAUAACGACCUGUCCCAGUACCCGGUGUUCCCUUGGAUCCUGCAGGACUACGUCUCAGAGACGCUGGACCUGAACAACCCGGCCGUCUUCCGGGACCUCUCCAAGCCCAUCGGGGUGGCCAACGAGAAGCAUGCCAAGGAUGUAAAGGAGAAGUACGAGAGCUUUGAAGACCCCACGGGUAUGAUCGACAAGUUCCACUAUGGCACGCACUACUCCAACGCUGCAGGCGUGAUGCACUACAUGAUCCGGACCGAGCCCUUCACCACGCUGCACAUCCAGCUGCAGAGCGGCAGGUUUGACUGCUCAGACCGCCAGUUCCACUCGGUCCCUGCAGCAUGGCAGGCGCGCAUGGAGAACCCGGUGGACGUGAAGGAGUUGAUCCCCGAGUUCUUCUACUUCUCGGAGUUCUUGGAGAACCAGAACGGGUUCGACCUUGGCUCCCUGCAGCUGUCAAAUGACAAGGUGACCGACGUCGUCCUCCCAAAAUGGGCAUGCUCCCGGGAAGACUUUAUAUCCAAGCAUCGGAAGGCGCUGGAAUCCGAAUACGUGUCUGCCCAUCUCCACGAAUGGAUUGACCUCAUUUUUGGGUACAAGCAGAGAGGCCCUGCAGCUGUGGAAGCCCUGAACGUCUUCUACUACUGCACGUACGAGGGAGCCGUGGACCUGGAUGCCAUUGCUGACGAGACGCAACGGAAAGCCUUGGAAGGCAUCAUCAGCAACUUCGGGCAGACCCCCUGUCAGCUGCUCAAGGAGCCCCACCCGGCCCGCCUGUCAGCCGAGAACGCGGCCAGGAGACUAGCCCGGCUCGACACCUAUUCCCCCAAUGUGUUCGAGAACCUCGGCCAGCUCAAGUCCUUCUUUGCAGAGGGCAUCAGCGAUGGGAUCCCCCUGGUACAGGCGGUGGUGCCCAAGAACCAGGCCCAUUCCUUCAUCACGCAGGGCUCCCCGGAUGUGCUGGUCACCGUGAGCGCCAACGGCCUGCUGGGAACCCACGGCUGGCUGCCCUAUGACAAAAACAUCUCCAACUACUUCAGCUUCACCAAAGACCCCACCGUCUCCAACACAAAAACCCAGCGCUUCCUCUGCGGUCCCUUUGCCCCGGGUGUAGACCUGUCCUCGAAGACAUUGAGCAUCUCUCAUGACGGCAAGCUCCUCUUCAGUGGUGGACACUGGGACAACAGCCUGCAGGUCACAUCGCUGAGUAAAGGGAAGGUCAUCGGGCACAUCACCCGGCACAUCGAUGUGGUCACCUGCUUGGCACUGGACCUCUGUGGGAUCUAUCUCAUUUCUGGGUCCCGGGACACCACCUGCAUGGUCUGGCAGGUCCUGCAGCAGGGUGGGUUUUCCUGCGGCCUGGCCUCCAAGCCCGUCCAAGUGCUCUACGGACACGACAACGAGGUCACAUGCGUCACCAUCAGCACCGAGUUGGACAUGGCUGUGUCAGGGUCAAAGGAUGGCACCAUCAUCAUUCACACCAUUCGUCGGGGCCUUUUCAUGAGGUCGAUCAAGCCGCCCUGUGAGAGCACACUGCCUGCCACGAUCUCAAACCUCACUGUGGGGCUGGAGGGACAGAUUGUCAUCCAGACUACCGUGGAAGGGCGAUCCUCACUAAAGGACAAGUUUGCCCUACACCUUUACUCUGUCAAUGGCAAGCACCUGGCCUCCAUCUCGCUGGAUGAGGAGAUUACGUCCAUGUGUGUCACAGAGGAGUUCGUGGUGCUGGGAACGAUGCAGUGUUCACUUCAGAUCCGGGACCUGCAGAACCUCCAAGCAGCCAUGCCACCAAUGCCUAUGAAGGUUCCUGUUCACAGCGUGUCUGUGACCAAGGAGAAGAGCCACAUCCUGGUGGGGCUGGAGGAUGGGAAGCUGAUCGUGGUGGGAGCAGGCCAGCCCUCGGAGGUGCGAACGGGGCAGUUCCACAGGCGGCUGUGGCGUUCCACGCGGCGCAUCUCCCAAGUCUCGUCCGGAGAGACCGAGUACAACCCACCCGAGUCCAAGUGAGGGGCUGGAUGGAGCUUGACCUGUCCUGGGCUGGGCUUCCUCAGGGCAUUUCUGGGCAGAGGUAUCCUGCAUCAAGAGGCCUCUGAAACAUGGAGGGAACGGAAAGACCCAGUCUCGUCACUGGCAUUGGCUUGCGGUUGUCCGAGGAGCAUGCUGAGAGCUCCACAUCUCCAGCGCUUGGCUGUCCUGGGGGAUCUCAGCCACUGGCUCUCAGGGCUGUGACAGGAGCACGGAGAUCUCAUGUAGGGAACGUGGCCUGGGGAACCCCUUUCCAAACCGGAGAUCUACAACCGCUUGAAGCGAUGCUUCUGGCCUUCCAAGGCGGGCUAUGCAGAGGACACUCCAACACCCGCCAGUUCCCCGAUUCUUUCCUGUGGAGCUUGAAGUCAGAAGUAUUUGUAUUAUCCUUUUUUGGGGGUGGGGGAUCUUUUUUCUUUUCCUAAAACACUGGAGCAACUGGAGGACGAGGAUGGGAGGGCGACGGCACUGCCCCACUGCCUGUGCCCCCUGCGGGCCAUCCGGGAUCGCCGCUGUAGAAACCAGAUGGUGACCGCAGCUGCGUGAGCAGCCCUCCUCUUUGGGUGGCCUUAUCCAGAGCUUGUUGCACUACGUUACAGACCUUGUACCAAAGGUCCUUCGGGCAGGAGGCCAGUCUGCUUCAGAAAAGCUUUAAUGUCUCGAGAUACUGCUGAGAGCCUGUUUCCUUUCCCCCCAGAGGGAGCAUAUGUUGUGGGGAGGGCAGCGUUUGAUAGGUAACAGGGAAAUUCCUGCUUCUCUUGAACUCACCCCAGCAUCCCAGAUGUACAUAAAACCCCCUUUGCUGGGGAAGAAGAGUGCCCCCCAUCCAUUGGGGUCUUUCAGAAGAUGGCUUGUGAGCUCUCUGGGGACCAAGGCAACAACACCCGGGGGCUCUGCUGACAGUGGGCUCACGGCACGAGGGCCCCAGCCAACUUUUUCUAUACAUUUUUAUCUUUUUUUAAAAAAGCAAAUAAACGGGUACAAUCGCAUCGUCUCCCGAGACUCUCGUAUCUUCCACAGCCCGCGAGCGGGAGAGGCUCGUUGGAUGACUUCAUCAGCAAUAAAACCCUGCCUUUCGUAAGCUUUGCCUUCACCCUGCGGGUCCAUUGCUGCGCGGGCUGCGGGCGAGCUGGCUGCGUUUGUCUCUUGGUUGCACUUUGGAUACCUCUGCUUGUCAGGGCAGAUGGAAGAGGAUUGUUUUUGGACAGUUGAGAGGGGCCGGCGCUGUGCGACAAAGGGUGGCAUGGGCAUGGGGACUUGUGGGUUUGCCUCUUCCAGCAAGAUCAGCUGUCAGUGGGAACGGGCACGUCCCGCCUGCUUCUCCAGGGAGAAGGAGCCGUCUUCAGAGCAGGGUGUUUCCACAGGGUACCCUGGAGCCCCAAGGCAGGGUCUUUUCUAGCUUUAAAAGGGCUUGACUGAAGCCAAUGGCAGUGAACGUUAGCAGUGAAGAUGUCAGGUAGCAGAAAGUUGUGACACUGAGUUUUUCCUUUGCGUUUCUCGCUCUUGUCUCAAUAUUGACCACGUCCAAAAGCUCCCUGUCUGUCUGUCUAUUGGCCAUCUCUCCAUCCAUCAUUUUGCUCGUGCACCAGGUGAUUUAACCCAGGAAGAGGUUUGGUUUUUGCAGCCAAUUGACAACACUUGCCUGCUCUUACCCAACCCGUCCGAAUCCCAUAUCCCCUGGUUGUCACAAGGUUUGGGAACAGGUCCCAUUCUCUGCCUGAUCACCUUGCUGCACCAGAGGAUUAAGGGCAAGGCGGGGAGUGAGAUGGAUAUUUGGACUCGUUUGGAAGCAGUGGUUGGAGGCUAUGGAGCAUCUGUGCCGAGGGAGCCUUCUGGAAGUAACACCCUCAUCCCCCUCCAGAGACACGUGGCAACUAUGGGGAGCUCCGUUGGAAAUGGAGAGCUCUGUGAUCUCCAUACCUGAUGUGUUACCCCCUUCCUGGAGCAUGAGGCUACAGGUGGCUCAGAAAGGAAGGGAGUGGAUCAGGCCUUGUAGGUGCCAUCCCAGUAACCGAGCCAGGAAGAGAUGCAGGUCUUCUUACCCAGCAUCCUCCCGCCUUCAGUGACAUAGCAUCAAGACCACAGCCUGGAGGCGGGAGUGCUGUCUCCUCAUGCCUGCACGUGCCUCCUAGACGUCACCAGGACACAGCGAAGGUCCUUGGAAAAGGGAGUGAGGCUGGGGGUGCAAAGAGCAGCACGUUGGAAAGGAGCGUCGAGUCUUCAGUGCAACUCUGAUGAGCUCGCAAGCCGCUGCCCUCCAUCCCACUGGCCGUGCACUUGGCUUUUAUUAGUUGCAACAUUGGGUUAAUUAAAAACCAUAGCCCCUUGUUUGAUCUCGGCCUGCAUCCUUCCUCCACAGGCUGUGUUGAACUGUAGCCGUUGUCUAUCCUGAAUGAUUUGGACUUUCUCUUCCCUUCCUCGUCUUGACACCUCCUGACUACAAGCGGGGCGUCAGCUGCCUUGGAUUCCUGCAGCAGUCUUCCAGGGGGCUGAGGGGAAAGGCACCGGGCACAGCGCGGCUCACACUGCAGGGUACAUCUGCUGCCAGCCCGGGACAGCCUGCAAAAGCUAACUUGCAAAGCCGAAGAGCAGAGACCCCUUUAAAAAGGGAACGUUUGGCUGGUCACCCACCAAAGCUGGUUCCACGUGGACGAGGCGAUCCCCACGGGUGGCUGGAGAGAUCAGCUGCUGACAGUGGACCGUGCCUCGCUUCUUGUCUUUUAUUUUUACCAUUUUAAGAGGAGAAACAGGGUCAGGCAGGAAGCUGAAAGUGUCCCCAGCAUCCCUCCCGGGGCGGAGAUAACAGCUGGAACCACACCAAGUGCAAUAUUUGCAUCUCGUUGAGAAAAAUGUUUUUUGUUAAGUGCGUGUUCUGUAUCGCGGUUUGUAUGUAUGUAAUAUAUAUAUAUAUAUAUAUAUAUAUAUCAGAUAUAUAUAUAUAUAGUUUUUUGUAACUUUUUUGAAUGAUGAUGUACAUGUAAAGAUUUCUACCUUCUUUUUUCCUCCUUAAAAAAAGAAAAAAAAGGGAUUUUAAGUGAUAGGAGCUUCCCUAAACACUGCUGACUUUUAUAGAGUAGGGAGUAAGAGGUCAGCCUCAGCGUGGAUUUGUCCUUCAUCCUUCUGAGAUCGGCGUGGGUCAAGGGAAGCUCAGCUGGGCUUUCCUGACUUGUCUUCUGAAGAUACUUGAAUUCACUGGGUACCUGCUGUGUCCUCCUACCUGAAGUCAUUGGGUUUCUUUUCCCUUUGCCCUCUUUUCAUUUUGCUUUUACCUCCUCUGGUUGUACAGAGUCAAGAUGCAGUUUCCUGAGUUUGUAUCUCCUUCUCAUUUCUCCUGUCCUUUGCUAGCAGGAGUGAUUGGGCCGUAGCUGUGAAAUGCCUUAGUGUGGGGGGUGGAGAUACAGACUUCAUUUCAGCCUUGGGUGUCGGGGUUACGGUGCCUGCUUUGGCAUCCAGCCUGGCAUUGGGGCAGCCUCCCUUGGGCACCCAAGCUGAGCAGAAACAGGGACUGUGCUUGAUUCCUGGCUGUAACUGCGGGGGCAGGCGGUGGCCGUGGCCUUCCCCCACUUUUCUACCUCAUGGGGACCAAAUGGACCCACGUCCUUUGGGAAGCAGGGCCAAUCGAGUGGGUCAAACAGAGCAGUCCUGGGUGGGCGAGUUGUCCCGGCUGCAGCUGCUUUGAUCAUAGCUCUUCUGCGCGUCCACUGUACCGCUGAUCUCCAGCCCUUCUCAACCAGCCGGGGAGGAGGAUGGCUUUGCUUUGGGCAUUAACAAGCUCAUGUCAAACUGUGACCCAGGUGGACCCGGGUGCCGGUCCUUUCUAUAUAUAAGCAGGACAUGGUUCCCAUGAGGACACCGGCAAAGCCUUCUUGAAGGAAGAGGUUGAAAGCCAGGACGUCCUGUUCCUGCCAAGGGAGAAGUAGCUCGCAGGGUUGGGCGGCUGGUGCAUUUGCCUCGAGGAGACGGCGAUGGGCUGGGUUUGCACUCACCUGCUGAGCCACCGGAGAGGGAGAUGGGAGUGAGAGACAGGUCUCUGGGAGGUGACGUUAAGCGCAUUUCUGGCACAGCUUUCUCUACAGGUUUUGUUUGGUUUGGUUUUCCAGAAGAAAAAAUAAAGUUAAGCACAAUCCAGUCCACACUUAUAUGCCUUAAACAGGUUGGCCUUAUUCUCUGUUGGGCUCAGUCGCCUGGUUUGCAAGCGAUGUACAGCCCCUGUGAUCUCCAAUAAACUUUGUGAAGGAAUAAA